AUGACGGGGGAGCGAGAAUCAGCACACGCGCUCCUUUCAUCGUCCAGGCGGGCAGCGCGACUAAAAACGGUCCUCUACAAGCCUACCACGCGGAACGCACCUUACUUAGCGAAGCAAGCAGCGCUAGAGGCCGACUUCCAAGCCAACCAAGCCUCGACUGCAGCCUCUGCAUCCGAACUCGGCCGCCUCCGCCCAACGUUCAACGUCGUCUGGCACGUCAUCUCUCGGGAUGGGACACCAGAGGGCGGUGACAUCAGUGACGCAGCUAUCAACGACCAAAUUGGCGUCCUCAACACCGCGUUCCGACCUACUGGCCUUCGCUUCAACUUGAGGAAGGUCACCCGACACGCCAACGAAACUUGGUUCUCGUUCGCGGUCCCGGAGUCGCCCAUCCAAACUGAGAUGAAGACUGCAUUGAGGGAGGGUGGAGCAACCGAUCUGAAUGUCUACAGUGUGGGAUUCGAGGAUCCAAUGUGGUUCGGCCUCCUUGGCUAUGCUACCUUCCCCAGCGACUACAGAAAGGCACCCAAAGACGAUGGUGUCGUCGUCUUUCACGAGUCACUCCCUGGUGGGCGAGCUGCCCCAUACAACCUCGGCCAAACUCUCACCCACGAAGUUGGCCACUGGCUAGGUCUCUACCACACUUUCCAGGGAGGCUGUGAAGGACGUGGAGAUGCUGUUAUUGAUACCCCUGCUGAGGCUACGCCGGCCUCUGGAUGCCCAGUUGGACGCGAUACCUGCCCAGGUGGCGGACCGGACCCAGUCCAGAACUACAUGGACUACUCCGAUGACGCGUGCAUGACUACCUUCACCCCUGGACAAGUGGUCCGAAUGCUUGCUCAGACCAUCGCGUUCCAGAUUGGCUUCGCGAAUGAGUCCAUCAACUUCUUUCGUGCGAUUCCGUGA